AUGACCAACUUUGCCACUACUCGCAUACUUCUGCUCUGGUUCAGCUUGUUAUUACUCUACGUUUCUAAUGCACAUGUUAUGGCUCAAUGGCCUGUUGGAAGAUCAACCAAGUUUUUUGAUUUCAAGGUUCAAACGAAAAGAGUUAGUAAACUCUGUAAGAGCAAGGACAUUGUGACAAUAAAUGGAAAGUUCCCAGGACCAGUUGUUUAUGCUCAAGAAGGUGAUGCAGUCACAGUAAAAGUAACAAACGAAUCUCCAUUCAAUAUGACAAUCCACUGGCAUGGUGUUCGGCAAAUACUAUCCUGUUGGUAUGACGGGCCUUCCUACAUUACUCAAUGUCCGAUUCAAUCCGGGCAGAGUUUUACACACAAAUUUACGUUGGUGAAGCAAAAGGGCACUUUUUUCUGGCAUGCCCAUGUUUCUUGGCUAAGAGCAACUGUUUAUGGCGCCCUUAUUGUCUACCCCAGAACAGGAGUACCUUACCCCUUUAAGCACCCCUUUCAGGAGCACAUCAUCAUACUAGGUAUAAUAACUGACUUUAUGACAACCAAAGUAAGAAAUCUAACUCCACAUUUCAAUAAAUAUAAUGGAACAUUAUUAUAUACUGAAUUAGGAAAGUAUUUGUUGGCAGGAGAAUACUGGCUUAAGGAUGUUGUACAACUUGAUCACACCACCAUAGCCAGUGGGGGAAGUCCUCCACCACCAGAUGCUUUUACUAUCAACGGCCACCCAGGCCCCAACUAUAACUGCUCAAACAAUGAUGUCUACACAAUUAAUGUGACUCCAGGAAAGACAUACUUGUUGAGGCUUAUACAUGCAGGCCUAAACACAGAGAGCUUUUUCGCCAUAGCUAAUCACAAAUUGACUAUUGUAGAAGCUGAUGCAGAGUAUACAAAACCAUUCACCACAGACCGUGUGAUGCUUGGACCAGGUCAAACCAUGAAUGUCCUUGUCACCGCUGAUCAGCCAAGAGGAAGAUACUCUAUGGCCAUGGGACCUUACAUGUCAGCAACAGGUGUCCAAUUCCAAAAUAUCUCAUCCAUUGCCUACUUUCAAUACACAGGGGCUGUUCUUAAUAGCUUAUCUGUAACCACUAAAUUACCAAGUUUUAACGAUAAUCUUGUGGUUCAGACAAUUAUGGACGGACUAAAGAGCCUAACCAGUGUUAAUCUUUCAAAACAAAUUGAUGCCAAUCUUUUUGCCACUGUUGGAUUAAAUGUCCAAAAGUGUCACUCCAAGACACCCAGACAAAAUUGUCAAGGCCCUAAUAAUGGGGUUAUGGCAGCAUCAAUGAAUAAUAUAAGCUUUGUAAAGCCUAAAAUUUCAGUGCUGGAAGCUUACUAUAAGAAGAUUAACGGUACCUUUACAGAGGAUUUCCCUGAAGUACCUCUUCAAUUCUAUGAUUUCGUAAAUGGGGCACCUAAUAAUAUUCCUAACAACACGCAGUCCUUGAAUGGGACUAGGACCAUUGUCCUUGAAUAUGGAACCAGGGUUCAACUUAUUUUUCAGGACACUGGAACUGUCUCCACUGAGAAUCACCCAAUCCAUCUCCAUGGCUAUAGCUUCUACGUUGUUGGAUAUGGCAAUGGUAACUAUGAUGAAAAAACAGCAAAAUUCAAUUUGGUGGAUCCACCUUAUAUGAACACGAUUGGAGUUCCCGUUGGCGGAUGGGCUGCUAUCCGAUUUGUUGCUGACAAUCCCGGAGUUUGGUUUAUGCAUUGUCACCUUGACAUACACCAGUCAUGGGGAUUAGGCACGGUGAUCAUUGUGAAGAAUGGUAAGGGAGAUCCUGAGACCCUUCCACAUCCUCCCACUGACCUGCCAAGAUGCUAGGAUAUGCAGUUAAGCAUUCUUGUAGUAAUUACCACUUGUUUCUCCUUUUCAUCCCAACCAAGGAUUCUUUUGGAGCAAGUUUUGAUAUGUUAUAUCCCUUUGACAAAAUGACUGUGUGUGUGUGUAUACAAGAUGCAAGAAAAAGAACAAAAA